AUGUUAAAGCGAUACUCCAGCUGGAGCCGAGCAAGCAGAGUUCUUGCUCUAUGUAUUGUUUUCUCAUACAAAUGCAGAGGUUGGAAAAGAAGUGGAGAUCUCACAACUCAGGACAUUGACAGAGCCAAGAAACUGAUGGUAAAAGCUACUCAGCAUAACCACUAUAAGGAACUUGAUAAGUUGACCCAGCUAGAUCCUGUGGUGGACCAAGAUGGCCUUAUUAGGGUAGGGGGAAGACUAAAGAGGUCAAUCAGUCUCCCUGAAAGCAUUAAAUGCCCAGUAGUGAUCCCUAGCAAAUCUGAACUAACACGUUUAAUAGUAACUCAUUAUCACCAAGUGACGCACCAUCAAGGUAGAGGUAUCACAUUAAAUGCCAUUAGAGCUGGUGGUUUUCACAUAAUUGGUGGAGUGUCAUCAGUAGCCAGAUUUAUCCAUAACUGUGUACUGUGCCGUAGAUUAAGAAGGAAGCCAGAGACACAGAGAAUGGCAGACCUACCGCCCGAUCGACUAGAACCUGCACCAGCCUUUACACAUUGUGGUGUAGACCUGUUUGGACCUUUCGAAGUGAAGAAUGACAGGAAGUUGGAGAAACGCUACGGUGUACUAUUUACUUGCCUUGUUUCACGUAGUGUCCACAUAGAAGUUGCCAGUUCGCUGUCCACUGACUCGUUUCUCAACGCCUUUCGAAGACUUGUAGCUAGACGAGGUGCAGUUAAACAAUUAAGAUCGGAUCAGGGUACCAACUUUAUCGGUGUUUCAAGAGAACUACGUGAAGCAAUGACUGAAAUGAAUCAAGAAGACUUAAAGUCUCAACUGCUUCACUUAAAUUGCAAUUGGCUUUUCAACGUCCCGACAGCAAGCCACCACGGUGGUGUUUGGGAGCGCAUGAUAAAAACAGUAAGGAGUAUUUUGGAUGCACUUAUGUUACAACAUAGGGCACAACUUAAUGAUGAGAUGUUGAUAACUUUCAUGGCCGAGGCUGAGGGCAUUGUAAAUAGUCGACCCUUAUGUACCACUGAGGAUGCUAGUUUAGAGCCACUGACCCCAGCACAUUUACUCAUGAUGAAGCCUUUUGUACCGCCUCCACCGGGCAACUUUAAUACAAAUGGUCGCUAUAGCAGGAAAAUGUGA